GCUUCCAGUUUGCCUCGUCGAUAUAGCCCUCAUUUUUAUUACGGCAUAUUCUUCGCUCCGUCUCAUUCGAGUCAUGUUCUCUCUAUGUGGGGCCCGUACCCUUGAUUCCUUUAUUCUACAAAACAUACGACUCCUCACGCCUUAGGGCGUUGAGGAAACUGAUGACAUCGGAUUGUGAUACUUAUGCCCACCCUGGCGUUUAUGUACAUGGGAUCGAUCAUUGCCUGGAGUUACGAGGUGUUGGUUUGUGGUGUUUUAGCAAUUGACGAGGUAUUCAAAAUGUUAUUUAUUCUUCAGAGGCCCUUUUUUGCAGCCGACUAUGGGACAUGCGCUGGGAGAAGAGUUGUUUGGCGGAAGCACGAAAUGCAAUGGAAACAUCACAUUCCCCUUUACUACCCUUCAUUUGAUUUAGGAGAUGUAUAUCAUUGCAACUCCCAGUCUAGAUCAAAUAUAUUAUAUUCAGGCCGAGGCACUUUGAGCCGGCCGGUCCCCAUCUUUUCAGUUCCUUUGCACCCAAAAACUGAUGAUUCAAGAGUGAUAUGCGAAAUAGUGCAGGGUAUCUAAACCAAUGUAGGUAGACCUUGCAUAGAGAUUGACUUGGACUCAUGCGGGACGCGCUGAUCCACGAGGGGUCUGAGCGGUGAGACAGACCAAUACCAACUUGCCCGAGCUGAAAUAGUCUUCGAAAAUAUAAGCAAGCUUAAGUCCGAUUCUCGUAAACGCCUUAGCUAGU